AUGGAGAAUGAUUUAAAUUCUGAGUUAUCAUCAGCUGGCUUUACUCUUCAGAGUUCUUCAGAGACAAUUUUUUCUAUUCAGCUGUUAGAUUUCAAAACAAAUUUACUGGAAGCAUUAGAAGAAUUGCGUAUGAGAAGGGAAGCAGAAACUCAAUAUGAAGAGCAGAUUGGUAAAAUUAUUGUAGAAUCACAAGAACUUAAAUGGCAAAAGGAAACUCUUCAAAAUGAAAAGGAAGCAUUAGUAAAGCAGCACAGAGAAGCAAUGGAAGUUUUAAAAAAACAGUUGCAAAUGAAGAUGUAUGCCUUAGAAGAAGAAAAGGGAAAAUAUCAACUUGCUACAGAAAUAAAAGAAAAAGAAAUAGAAGGAUUGAAAGAAACAUUAAAAGAGUUACAGGUUUCUAAAUAUUCUUUACAGAAGAAAGUAAGUGAAAUGGAACAAAAGAUCCAGUUUCAUCUUCUGGCCAAAGAAGAUUAUCAUAAGCAGCUGAAUGAAAUUGAGAAAUACUGUGCUACAACGGCAAAUCAGUUUGGAUUGGUAAAAGAGAAUCACAUGAAGUUAGAAAAAAGUGUACAAGAAGCAAUACAGUUAAACAAAAGACUUGCAGCUUUAAAUAAGAAGCAAGAAUCUGAAAUAUGCAGCUUAAAGAAGGAACUAAAAAUAGCAGCUUCAGACUUGAUAAAGUCCAAGGUCACGUGUGAAUACAAAAUGAGAGAAGAAAAUAUCAAUCUAACAAUUAAAGAACAAAAAUUUGAAGAACUUCAAGAAAGACUCAACCUGGAAUUGGAAUUAAAUAAGAAGAUUAAUGAAGAGAUUGUCCAUAUUCAAGAAGAGAAACAGGAUAUCAUCAUUUCUUUUCAACGUAUGCAGCAGUUACUUCAACAACAAAUUCAAGCUAAUACUGAGAUGGAAGCAGAAUUGAAAGCACUAAAAGAAAACAAUCAGACCCUUGAAAGAGAUAAUGAGCUGCAAAGGGAGAAGGUAAAAGAAAAUGAAGAAAAGUUCCUUAAUCUUCAAAAUGAGCAUGAGAAAGCCCUAUGAACUUGGGAGAGACACAUAGGUCAGCUCCUGGCAGAGCUGAGCUUCCUUCGUGUGGUGCCAGGGGCCUCCGUGACCUGGGCCCAGAAUGUUCCAGAAACAAAUAAUGAAAAUGAUGAGAUAGCUGAAAAUUCAAGAAAGGCCAUCAUAGAGAAAUAUAAUUCUGGAGACGGAAAGGAAGAAAAUAGUAAGGGUUUCUGUUCCCAUACCAACUACAAAGAAAAGGAUGGAAUGAACGAAAGCCUGCUUACAGAAGAAGGUAUCCUAGAAGAUGUACAGCCUUUUGAGAAAAGCUUCAACAGUGGAACUGAUACAAGUGUAUCUCAGAACAGAGACCACCGUGGAAUCUCUCUAAGCAAACCCCAUGUAGGGAAACACAUGAUCACCCAACAAACUGGGAGUGGUACCGACCACAGAAAACCUGCUGCUAUGGAAAUAAAAGACACACUGGACUUGGAAGAAGACAGUGAACACACAGAACUUAAAUCACCAAGUAACCCACUUUUAGUGGAAGAUACAUCAGUGGAAACAGGAGAGAUGCAUCUCGAAGAAACAGAAUUGUCAGGCCUUCACCACGUGGAUGUUUGCCUGGACAGCAAAGAUCAAAGCCCCUCACCUGACAGCACUGCGCGUGAGACGGCUCACCACAGAGAUCAGGACAAAGAUGCUUCGGAAGACACGCCAUCUGAGGAGCAACUCAGAUCCCAUCCAGGGACCAAGUGGGCAUUUGCCAACCAGAGCAAACCAGGUUUGGAUUCCUCUCUAGAAGCAAAGAUGCAUCCUCUUCAGGGUAAGAAAUACAGUUUACAGCUCUCAAGCAGUGCCAGGUUAAGUGAUAAACAGUGUAAGAUAAAACAAACUCAGAUGUUAAAAAAAAUUAGUGAGUGUCAUCCAUUGCCUUUUAAUCCAGCCUUAAGUCUUCAGCAAGUCUGGGCGGAUACUCCAGAGAAGCCUGCACUAGCUCUUCCCUGUGACGUAGUUGUCAGCCACCCCGUGUCAUCUGCUACUCUUGGUGAGAGUUCAAAAGUGCUUACAAGCUCAGAUAAUGUUGGUGUGAGGCCCAUGUCAGUGACACCCAACUCCAACUCUGGGGAGAGAACUCUAUGGGAAGGUCAGAGUGACACGCAGAGCAGUCAAAUUCAGGCCUGCCUGGCACACUUAGGAAGCAGGGAGACCCCUUGCCCUCUUCCAGUUAACAGUGGAAAGAGUCAGGCUUCACCAGAUGCAGACAUGAAAGCGGGACAGUUUCACAAGAGGGAGACAGGUGACGGUCAGAAAACUGAAGCCCCGGAAGACGGCCACUUCCUUUUUGUGGAUUUUAAUGAAGGACAGCCUACAUUGUUACAGAAUACCGAGCGAACAGUGUCAUUACAUGACAUCAAUUCAGGAAAAACAUACAGUGAAGGACAGCUGGAAAAACCACAUUCAUUCCACGUAAAGCCAUCCGGAGAGUUAGUGAACAGAAGUGGAAGGGCAUCCUUUGAUCUUCCCUCUUCAGAGAAAAAAACAGAGAAAAUGGCCUCAGCAUACAUGCACCUCCUGGCCCCCAGUCCUGGGUCAGAAGUAAACGGCACUGCAGGACAGACAGCAAGCACCUCGACUCCUAGCACCCCUGCGCUGCCGAAGGAGAGCCCGGCAGGUCCAUGGGAGAACAGCAGGACCACGGCAGAGGCCUUCGGUAAACAUGCGCGUGUGGACGAGAUCAGGAGGGAUGCUGGGCCAGACACUGCUCUCAGCACCGGAGUUGCUGAUGCUCCGGUAACUGGAGCAGCCAUCCAGGCCCUGAGAACGCCCAGGGAGGAGGGGAACGCCACUGCGAAGACGUUUGGCGAGUCUCCUGUUCCCACAGAACAUGUGAAAGCACAGCCUCUGGUUCCAACUGUGCUGCAAAGCCACUUUCAGGCCAUCAAGUCUGAAAAGCCUCCUAUUCUGACUGCCACUUCUGCUGAAGACAACUGGCAAAGCCUUGUCACUGAAACUGAGAAGCACCUCAGCUCAGAAAAUGACAACCAGCCUAAAAAGAGGAAAGCGGAAGAGAUGCUGGGGAAAACACAGCUUAACUGA